UAAUGCACUCCGGCUGUACUCCGUGCUAGGCUUCUCUCUGCGCCCUGGGAGUGUUUCCCAUUUAAACAAACACAGCUAGCGCGGAAGAUGGCGGAGCGUUCAGAAGUGGCUUAAAAGGAAAUUGGUGUUUGAAGUGGACACGUAUUAACCCGUGGUGGUGGCCUUGCUGAAGCUGUAGAUGCCCUCUGUGAAUAGAUCUUUAAUCAGAGUUUCUACAUUGGCACUCAAAGGAUGUGAGGUGGAACGGAGUGGAUGUCAUCAUUCUCCACUGCUGCAAAGGUGCUGAUAUGUGUUGAAGAUGAGUGGACCAGGGGAGAACUCUCUGGAGUCAUUGGGCUACGACCGGAAACGGAAACUCUCCACUUGUGACACACCAGGACUUGGGUGUGAUAAGCGUCGGAGAGAACAAGAGUGUAAGUACAUCGAGGAGCUCGCUGAGCUGAUCUCAGCUAACCUCAGUGACAUAGAUAACUUCAACGUCAAACCGGACAAAUGCGCCAUCCUUAAAGAGACAGUACGCCAGAUACGUCAGAUUAAAGAGCAAGGAAAGGGUUCGUGCGGCGAUGAUGAUGUCCAAAAGGCAGACGUGUCCUCUACGGGUCAGGGGGUCAUCGACAAGGACCAUCUGGGCCCUCUGUUGUUGCAGGCGUUGGAUGGCUUCCUAUUUGUGGUGAACCGAGAGGGAAGCAUCGUGUUUGUGUCUGACAACGUGACUCAGUAUCUACAGUACAAGCAGGAGGAGCUGAUCAACACCAGUGUCUAUAACAUCCUGCACCAGGAGGACCGUGAGGAGCUGCAGAAGAACCUGCCCAAAGCCAGUGGAGCAAAUGGUGUUUCGUGGACAGGAGAUUCUUCUCGUCAGAAAAGCCACACCUUUAACUGUCGGAUGCUGGUGAAGUUCGGGCAUGGAGGCCCCGGCGCAGACGACGGAUCAGGAAGGCCACGUUAUGAGACCAUGCAAUGUUUCGCUCUUACCCAACCUAAAGCCAUGAUGGAGGAGGGUGAAGAUCUGCAGUCUUGUAUGAUCUGUGUGGCACGGAGAGUGACCACGGUGGAGUGCACGGAGAGGUUCAGCACCAGACACGAGCUCUCAGGUAAGCUGAUUGAGAUUGAGCAUCAAAGCACAUUACACACCACUAUGCGUCCUGGUUGGGAGGAUCUGGUGCGCAGGUGUUUGCAGAUGUUCCUGCAUCACAGUGAAGGUCAGCCCUGGUCCUGUAAACGACACUACCAGGAGGCUUGCAUACGUGGUCGAGCAGAGACUCCACUGUACCACUUUUCCCUUUCUGAUGGAACUCCAGUAACUGCACAGACACGCAGCGAGCUCUGCCGAAACCCAAAUACCAACGAUCCUCACAGCUACCUCUCCACUCACCUACUGCAGAGAGAACAGAAUGGUUUCCGGCCAAACCAGGGGGGUGUAAUGCGUUCCCAAGGACUGGGUGGUGCCAACCAUAAUUCCCAAAUGAACAUGACUCCUGGUGGGCAGAUGGGCAUGGGCAAUACCAGAGGCUACGGCAUGAAUGACUCAGGGCAUAUGGGACCUAGAGGAGGCCCCAUGUAUGGCCCUGGGAACAGAAUGAAUCAGAUGAACCCAAUGCACCAGAUGAAUCAAAUGAACCAGAUGAAUUCCAUGAAUCAGGUAAACCAGAUGAAUGCAAUGAACCAGAUGAAUCAAAUGAGUCAGAUGAAUCCUAUUAAUCAGAUGAAUCAAAUGGGAUCAAUGAACCAGAUGCACCAGCUGAACCCCAUGAAUCAGCAUAACCCUAUGAGUCAAAUGAAUCAGAUGGGACAUCCUGGAAUGAAUCCGCACCCACAGCAAUUCCAUAGUGGAGGGUAUGGGCUGGGCAUGACCAGUCCAUCCCAUGGUAGCCCAGGUAUGAACCCAUCUCAACAGAACAUCAUGAGCUCUCCACGGAUACGAGGAAGCCCAAAGAUGGGAGCCAGCCCCUUCUCUCCAGGAGGUAUGCACUCUCCUAUGGGGCCUGUUGGAAUGUCUGGCAGUAGUGGCUCCUCUGGUGGCAGCACUUUUUCAAGCAGCUCCCUAAAUGCCCUCCAGGCCAUCAGUGAGGGAGUAGGCUCUUCCCUCCCCUCCACUCUCACUUCGCCUUCACACAAAUCAGACAAUUCCCCCAGCAUCAACUCCACUCAGCCUGGUCAACCAAACUUGUCUGGCACCAAUAAAGGGCCUAAUAUGGGUGAAACGAAAAGCCCUGCUAGUACUCCUAACACAGGAACGGACCAGCAACACGUGAACACAUCAGAUACCUCGUCAGAUAAGCCAGAUAGUCAGUGCAACAAAGAUGGCCAGACUGGAGCUGAUAUCCAGCGGAAGGGUCCAGAAGGCAAGGGCCAUAAGAAGUUACUCCAGCUGCUUACAUCUCCACCGGAAGAUCUUGCCUUGGGAGGAGGAACCGGCGCGCCCCCUCCUGGACGUGCUUCCACUCCCAUUGGUGCUGACUCAAAAGAGGCUGGAGUUAGUAUGACGAGCCCGUCUUCCACAGGUGUAUCUUCAUCAUCAUCUGCUUUAUCAGGCGGUACCACAUUGCAGCAUGGAUCAGGAUGCGUGUCAUCUACAGGCUGCAUGAGUAGCCAUCUCGCCGGUCAUACGCUGCAGGAGAAGCACAAGAUUCUCCACAAGCUCCUGCAAAACGGCAACACGCCAGAUGAGGUGGCGCGCAUCACUGCUGAGGCCACAGGGAAGAUUACCCUUGGUUCGGAACAACAGGGCCCAGAGGGCAUAGGGUUGGAGGUCAAGCAAGAGCAGCACAGUCCAAAGAAGACAAAUGCUCUGCUCCAUUAUCUUCUGAACAAGGAUGAUACCAAAGAUACUGGAAUUGAGAGCAAACCAGGACUGGAUGAGCUAGAGGGUCGUGGGGUUAGCGCAGUAGGUGUUGCAACUACGGACUCCAGCAGCCAUGAGCGCAAGAUCAAAAGCGAGCCGCCUGAUGAGUUGCAAAGUCUGCAGAGCAUUCUAGGAGGGUUAAAACCUGCUUCCGGGAUGUUUACUGAUUCUGGAAGCACAGACGGAGAAAAUAAGAAAGGGAAUGGACCCAACAACACUACACAUGACCGUGAGGCUGCAGGGAUGGGCCCGGGGCCACGAGUGCCCUUCCAGAGAGCAAUGUCUGUGGACAGUAAACCUUUUAGUGGUGCAAGAGGGACGGGCAGGAGAAGUGCCCCCUCCUCUCUCAUUAAACAAGAAAGCUUGGACAGCCACAUAGGCAUGGGAGGUCUUAACAGGCAAAUGGGCAUGAACCAGAUGCCACCUAUGAUGGGACCAGGUGAUUGGAGGAUGCCAGGCUCUGGGGCUAGUCCAGGGGGGUCUAACGGGCACCCAGGGAUGGGUUGUCCAGGCAUGGAUCCAAAUCCCAAGGGAAUGAUGGGAGGUUCCAUGAUGAACCGGUCGAACAGUGUACCAACACCCAGAUCUAUGCUACAGCAGCAGUUAAUGGAUAUGGGUCAAAAUGAGAUGGGGAUGAACACUUUCAGAGGGCAGCCGCAUCCUCCUCAGUCUCCAUCAUGGCCAGACUGUGGCAUAAGUAUAGAUGGACCCCCUAAUGCAAACAGCUUGCCAUUCAACAACCCCUUGGACGAUCUGCUUGCUCCUCCAUCCACCACUGAAGGGCAGAGUGACGAGCGAGCUCUGCUUGACCAGCUCGACUCCCUCCUUAACAACACAGACAACCUCGGCUUGGUGGAGAUCGAUCGAGCUCUUGGGAUCCCAGACCUUGUCGGCCAGGGCCAAAGCACAGAUCACCCGGCAACUCCUACAGAUGCUUUCCCAGGUCCAUCUCCUGAUUCAUCCAUGAGUAUGGAUCCUAAGGUCAUGUAUGGACCAGGUUAUCCUGGUCCACCAUCAGUGGGCAUGCAGGGAGGGUAUGGACCCGGACAUGGUCCUGCUCCUGGUCAAGCUCCUGGUCCCGGUCCUGGUACCGGCCCAGGACCGGGUCCGGGUCCUAUGCAGAGCCAUCCAGGACCAGGAUUUAACCCAAUGAUGCAGCAGAUGGGUGGGAUGGUGGGCAUGAACCCACGUGCUGCCAUGAUGCGUCCACGCAUGGUGAAUGCUAAGCAGCCGCUCAGACUGCAUCUACAGCAGAGGCUUCAAGGACAACAGUUUAUGAACCAGAGCAGACAGGGUUUGGCGAUUAAAAUGGAGAAUGCACCAGUGGCAAAUCCUGGCCUGAGGCCUGGCCUGCAGCCUGGCCUGCAGCCUGGCCUGCAGCCUGGGAUGCAGCCUGGCAUGCAACCUGGCAUGCAACCUGGCAUGCAGCCUGGCAUGCAGCCUGGCAUGCAGCCUGGCAUGGGAGGACAGUCGAGUUUUCUGAACGCUCAAAUGGUGGCUCAGCGAAAUCGAGAGAUGAUGACCCAGAUGAGAAGGCAGAGGAUGAUGAUGAUGAUGCAGCAGCAGCAGCAGCAGCAGCAGGCUGCAGCUGGAGGCUUCAGCCCCCCUCCUAAUGUCACUGCUCCCACUGGCAUGGACAACCCCAUGGGAGGAACACCUAUGAACCAGCCUGGUCAACAGCCAUUUAACUAUGGAGGGAAUUACGCUAUGGGCCAGCAGGGUGACCCCUCGUUCAUGGGCACCGGUAACAGCCCUCCUAAUAUGAUACCCGGACGUAUGGGAGGCCCACAGAAUCCCAUGAUGCAACAGCACCCUCAGAGUAGCCCAAUGUACCAGUCAGCAGAUAUGAAGGGAUGGACACAAGGUGGCAUGCCCAUGAACAAUUCAUACCCUCAGCAGCAGCAGCAGCAACAGCAGCAGCAGCAGUUCUCCCAGCAGGGGGCACCAGCGCAGUAUGGGGGCAUGAUGAUAAACGGAGCCAUGCAGGGAGGAGUGAACGGGCCAGGGCAGAUGAUGCCAAUGCAAGGGCAGAUGAGCAUGAACCCCAUGGGCAUGGGUCGCAUGCCACUGGGUCCUGACCAGAAAUACUGAAGCAGAACACAGUUUCAACAAGAGAGUAAAGCUGAGCAGAGUCAUGUUGAACUCUGAGCAAACCCUGACAGCAGACAUGCAACAUCGCCCAGCUCCAGCUGGACAUGAGACAGAGGAAUUGUCCACAUCACUGUGUUUUAAUAAUCCUUGAAGCAUUUGUGUAUGCCCCUAGAAUAGUAUUUGAGUGCAACGCUCUGUCCGUCUGCAGCCAAACUCGUGCUCUUAUGUGAAGCUGUCUCUCUCUCUUUCUGUGUGUGUGUUGUGUGUGUGUGUCUGUGUGUGUCUGUGUGUGUCUGUGUGUGUCUGUGUGUGUCUGUGUGUGUCUGUGUGUGUCUGUGUGUGUGUGCGCGUGUGUGUGCGUGCAUGCGUGUGUGUGUGUGCGUGCGUGUGUGUGCGUGCGUGUGUGUGUGUGCGUGCGUGUGUGCGUGUGUAAUGCUGUACUUCACCACCAGAGGGUGGUUUUCUCUUGCUGUGGAACUGCCCUGGUGCUGGGUGGGGAUGCACUUUAUCACAAGGCAAAUAAGGAAAAGAAUAUCUGCAAUAUGUCUUGCUCGUUCUAGCCUUAUUUAAAGACUCUCUGUGCAGAAACAACCUUCUCGGUAACAAUACCUUGCUUUCAGGACAGACUGCUCCAGUUCCCCACUAUAUGCAGCUACGAGCAAUAAUCCUCUACUUUAUGCCAUAUAUGUUAAAAUGGUGCACCAUUAAAUUAACAGAGCAAAAGGUACUGCAGUAUUAACUGGGCUUUUUGUUUUAUAUGUGAAUAAGAACAGACUUGUACAUGCUGUACGCUCCAAAUGUAUCAUAUGUGCCCUUAUUAUAUACUGUACAUUUUUGCACAGAUUUGGCCCAUGUAAGGUCCAGCAUAUUAUAUUUUAGGUCAAUAUUGCUUUGGGUGUUAAUUCUAUUUUAACUUUCUCAAAGGGAAAACAUUUUUAAAAGAUUUUUAUCUUUUCUGAUCUAGCCUUGUUUUCUUUACAGUAUUGCAGUGAUGAUAGACAUUUGUUUUGGGAGGGCACUUUCUUUCUUUGGAAAUUAAACGGAUAAAUCCUACCGGAUCAAGCAGUUACAUUAAGAGGACAUCACGGUUUUUGUUUGUGUUUUUAUCUGUACAUUUUAUGGACAAAGACGAUUAUUUGCUCAGCCUUUCUCUGUGAGCUAGCUGUUACUAUCAUCGAUGGUUUCACUUUUAAGAGCUGGGACUUUAUAAAUCUACCUUUAAAAAAUUGCACAAUCCAAAGAUAUAGAUGUUUCAUUGCUUUGCUGAAAUUUUAACCUUACCAGUAGUCUUUUUGUGUGAAUAAACAGAGUGCAAGGUACAUAUCAUAUAAGUUUAUUAUGAUUUUGUACUACAUGCUGUACCCAACCAAUGUAAUACAUUUUCAAGGCCAGUUCAUAGAGCAAUUUUUUUUUUUUUUUUUAAAUAACAAAACAAACCGUUAACAUAUCAGUCUUUUCUCUCCAAGCAUUCUUAAAAUCUUUAAGCAAGAAAUCAAUUUGUUUCUUUUAUUUUAAAGUAGAAUAUGUUGGAUCAUCAUGAAAUAUAUUUGGAAAUAAGAAAUCACAAUGUUUUGAGUUUUGGGCAAGGGUCUGAUUGAUUAAUUUAUGUGGACAAGGGAGCGAAUAAGCUGAUGUUUUACCGGAUGUAAAUCGCAAUACAAUUUAUUCUUUUCCUCGUUGUUGAUAUUGUUGUAAAUAAAAUUUAUAUUUAAACAUGA